AUGGCGCGUCGCCUGCCAACGCUGCUGGAAGUUUUACGAGGCGAGAGCGCGCCGCCGGUAGACUUGCACGCCUUUUACGCAUUUUUGUAUCGAUAUAAUGACGAGUACGCGCUGGAUUUUUGGUUCCAGGCGCGGAUACACACACAAAUGUGCCUAGCCUAUACCCAACACAGCCCAGCCCCCUCUGCCGAAAAAGAGACUGGAAUGGAGCCCGUGGCGCUUGAGCCAUCGCACAGUCAUAUUGCAUUACUGAGCACGGAUGUUCAGCUUACCGAGCUUGUUACGAACGCGCAGUCCACGUACGAACGCUACUUUCUAGCUGGAGAACACGAGCUUGUAUUGCCCAACUCGGUGCGACAAUCGAUGCAGUACCCCUCGGACGUGGCUACAUACACAGGCGAUAUUGCAGAGCUUGCGUCCGUGUUCAAAGCGGCCGAAGAAUACGUGUUUGUGCAUCUCCAGACGUACGCAUACCCCGCUUUCUUACAGCGAAACACGUUUUCCAACAUGGAACCGCUCAUGGCCUGGGCGCGAUUCAGCGUGGGCCUCUUUAUUUUUUGGAUUGCGCUCACGGUCGGGUUUGCAUUUGUGUUCACCGAUACACGGCAUGCGACGCGCGUUUGGAUCCUGCUUCCUACCGUGGUCGCCAUGUACUUUUUGGUAUCGUACAUGUACACGAUGGACCCUAUACUCGCAUUGUUGCGCUAUACAGAGAUGGCACCGUUCCACAUGCGCAAAGUGGAAGAUGGGUAUAUUGCAAAGCAGCAGCGGCUCCAUGCCAUGAGUGCAUUGCUCAUGAUUGCAUUGCUCACGGCGGCAUUCACCGUCUUGUUUGUAUUUGUCCCCGGACAUCACCUCUGA